UCCGGUUUUGAGAGAGUUCUUCGUGUCCGUAACAAAUAUACUGUUGCACGCAGAGUAGAACUUCGAAGUACAGUCACUUCUGCCCCCCGAGUGAUAAGCUCCACAGCCUCCAGGUGCAGGAGGUAACUUGAUCAGAUCACCUCCUCCCAAAUCAACCCACACCCGUGCAAUCCACUCCGCUGCUCCUCGGAUGGCGCCGCCCAGCUGCUUGCUCCGCGUUGGCUGGCUACCAGCGGCUCUGUGCGCGCUCGCGCUCGCGCUGGCGCCCGCCUCGGACGCCACGUCGGCGUCGCUGGUGGGCAUCAACUACGGCCGCGUGGGGAGCAACCUCCCGCCGCCGCAGGCCGUGCUGCCGCUGCUCGAGGGCCUCGGCAUUGGCCGCGUGCGGCUCUACGACGCCGACCCUGCUGUGCUGCACGCCUUCGCCAAGACCGGGGUCGAGCUCUUCGUCGGCGUGCCCGACCAGUCCCUGGCCGGGCUCGCUGACCCGGGUGGCGCGGAUUCGUGGCUCAGGUCCAACGUCAUGCCCUUCCUGCCGGACACAAAGAUCGCCGCGCUCACCGUCGGCAACGAGGUGCUCACGGGCAACAACUCCGCUGUCACGCGCGCUCUUCUCCCGGCGAUGCAGUCCCUGCACGGCGCGCUCGCCAAGCUCGGCCUCGACAAGCAGAUCGCCGUCACCACGGCGCACAACCUCGGCGUGCUCGGCACGUCCUAUCCGCCCUCGUCGGGUGCCUUCCGCAGGGACCUCCUCCCGUACAUCUGCCCCAUCCUCGACUACCACGCGAGGACCGGCUCGCCGUUCCUGGUGAACGCCUACCCUUACUUCGCCUACUCCGGCGACCCCAAGGGCAUCCAUCUGGAGUACGCGCUGCUCGAGGCGGGCUACGCCGGCGUCCCGGACCCAAACUCCGGGCUGCGCUACCCAAACCUCCUCGUCGCGCAGGUGGACGCCGUCUACCACGCCAUCGCGGCGGCGAACACCGCGGCGGCUCAGGUGGUCGAGGUGCGGAUCUCCGAGACCGGGUGGCCCUCCUCCGGGGACCCGGGCGAGACGGCCGCGACGCCGCAGAACGCCGCGAGGUACAACAGCAACGCGAUGCGGCUGGUGGCGGAGGGGAAGGGCACGCCGCUGAAGCCCACGGUGGCGAUGCGCGCGUACGUGUUCGCGCUGUUCAACGAGAACUUGAAGCCCGGGCUGGCGUCCGAGCGCAACUACGGCCUCUUCAAGCCCGACGGCACGCCGGUGUACGAGCUCUCCUACAAGCUCCCGCGCGACAACUCCACGUUCGGUGGCGCCGGCAACUCCGGUUGGAGAUUCCCCGGAGGUGGUGGCGGCAAUGUCAGCGGCGGUUACGACAACAACGGAGUUAACAGCGGCUACUACGACAUCUCGGCGGCAUCGCCGGAUUCCGCGGGUCCGUGUAGAUGGUCACAAGCGGCAGUGGCAGGAGCAAUGGCUGUCCUGGUGGUAGCAGCGUGAGAUCGUCAAGUGGUGUCAACUCUCGUCUUGAUGGAAGAAAGUUGGGGUAGGUAGAUAAAAAAUGAAAUGGAACGGCAUGCAGGAUGCUCCGGGGCCAUGGUAUUGAUUGCCAUGACUUGUGGUGCCCCAGUGUUUGUUGUGUUCGCUGAGACCACAAUGUGGGGAAGCUAAUGAGUAAUUUGGCAUCAGCUAAGCUAUGGUUUGCAUCUACUUCCAUUGUUUCUUGCAAUUAAAACAGUAGGAUGGGGUGUUGGGGUCGUUCCCAUUUGGUCCUACCUCCGGUGUCUUCAUUAGUUCCGACAGGUUGCGAGCACAAGAAUCUCAAUAGUAUCACUUUGCACACACAUCAGUGACUGAUAUUCAUCGCCUUUUGGUGCUGGGGCCUCCUAUUUUUCUCAUUCGGUCAUGGUGCACUUGAUCAAAGGGACUUUCAGGUGGUAGAGCCGGUUGACCUGCUGCUGGAGCGCUGUUCACAGGUAAGAAAGCGAAAGCUGAAAAUAGCGCAAAGGUUCGUGCACGGUCGAGGGAUCCGCCGAAGUCUUGGCGAACCCACAGCCUAUCUCGGCGCAGUGAAAAGCCCAUAUGUAUUCUCCCGGCUCGUAUAAGCUCUAUUUUGGACUUUGCAACAAGGAAAAAGUUCACUCUAGGCCACUCAUCUAAGCGUAGAGUUUGGAUCGCGUCACUUAACCACAAAACCGAUACAAUAUAUUUCUCAUCUUCCAAAAUCAGUGUAAAUAUAGUCCCAAAGUGGUUUGGAUGGUUUUGACUGACGUGACACCCAUAUGACGCUUUGACUUAGUCUUUAUCUAAUGUGGUAUCGACAUGGCACUUACAUGGCUUAACAAUUAGAAAAAGUAAAUAAAAAUAGUGGGAUCCACAAGUUAGUAGAAAGAAAAUAAAUCAUAUGCUCACAUAUCUUUUGGCUUCUCUUCGCCAUACUCCACCUCCUUCCGACGCCUCGGCUUCUCCUCCUCCGCUCUGCUUCGGCAGGCACUACUACAGAUAUGGUUUUUCCAUACGGCUGAGAACCAUCCUUCCACGCGGUUGUGCCAACCGCACAACCGCAUGGACGAAAUCGUCUGUAAAAAUCACCCUUUUUG